CACACACACACACAUAAGGGCUCUCUUCAGCUGCAACUCGGCAGUCUCUUCCUGCUUCUUCAUUGAUUGAUUUUUGAAUCCUCUCGUUUACAUGCUGGUUCACUCCCUGCCCUUCUUUCUCUUCUCCAAUGCAGUUCUCCAGCUCAAGCUUCAGCACAGAAGAACCAGGGAGGAACUCGUUGGCCAAGGAAUCAUGCCACCUCUGAAGAGUCCAGCCGCGUUUCACGAGCAGAGGAAGAGUUUAGAGCGAGCUCGGACAGAGGACUAUCUCAAGAGAAAGAUUCGAAGCCGCCCCGAAAGAUCGGAGCUGGUCAGAAUGCACAUCCUUGAAGAGACCUCAGCAGAGCCCUCCCUGCAGGCCAAGCAGUUGAAGCUGAAGAGAGCGCGCCUGGCGGACGACUUGAAUGAGAAGAUCGCUCAGAGACCGGGGCCCAUCGAGCUCAUCGAGAAAAACAUCCUGCCUGUCGACUCCAACCUCAAGGAGGCCAUCAUAGGUGAGGAGAGACACUGAUACACUGGCAUGCACUGUACAGUAUGCUCUGCCCAGUGCACACUGCCAUGCACUGCCCCUUACGCACUGCCCAGUACACCCUGCCACGCACU